GUGUGAAACCUGGGGACUGGGAAUGACUCCUGAAGAACUGGUGGUUCGUGUCAAUAUUUAUUAUGGAGCAGCGCUUAUUGUAGCCAUUGAUAUCGACUGAUCCACUUCUGGAUAUGUUUGAGUAAAAUAUGGCAAACUAUCAGAUUGCCCAUGCACGUUUUUAUGUGGGCCGCCAAGGUGUAUAGACAUUAAGACAUUUGUUUGUGAGGGUAAAUCGUAAAUGUAUUACUUAUCAUAAAAAAAAAUAAAGUUAUUUUUAAUUAGUUGUUACUGUGGUUAUUACUUAUUAACGACUAGUGAAAUCGUUUCCUCUAAAUAACAUUAUUUAAUUUGGCGAAUACAGAACAAGAAAACUCUGAACACCGCACGGUUAGCACGGAUACGGAAACAGCAUAAAAUACGUAAAAUGUGUAAUAACCAUAUUAAAUUAAUAUUAAUAAAAUAUUUGGUGAAUGGUGAUAAAACAAUGGUAUCUUUAUUAUCUAUGGAGAAAACAAAUUAAAUCGAAACCACAAAAUAUAUUAAUGUGUCGAAACUUGGUCCUGGAAACACUGGUAUAAUAUUGGUACCUUCCAUUUCUUUGUUAUCAAUGGAAAAUUUGAAAACAUCAUUGAUUAUUGAUAAACGUAAGAAUGCGGCGUUUGUAAUUUUGUUUAUUUUUGUGUGAAAAUUACAAAUCUGUAACUGUCUUGUGUUCUACUGUCUAGUAAGUUAUAUUCUUAUACUUGUUUAUUCUGUGUAGUAGCGUUAUAGUGUGUAGACGUGUAGUUCGUGGGUUCACGUCGGAUGUGUUAAUAGCCACUUAAAAUUCAAAUAUGAAGCAGAGCAAUAAUAAUAAUCCUCAUUUGGAAAAAUGCAGAAAACUAGUUCGCACGCAUCUCGAUUUGCAAUUAUUCUCGUCUGCAUUAUUUUGGGCUGAUAAAGCAGCCACUUUAAGUCAUUUUGAUCCAAGAGACAUUUAUCAACUAGCUAGUUGCAUGUUUUUGUUGAAACAAUACCAAAGGGCGGUGAUGCUGAUAAAAAAUAAAGGGUUGGAUAAAACUGAUAUGUUAUGUUAUUACAUGGUCUUAAGAUGUUUGGUAGAAGCCAAAGACUACACAGAAGCAGCUAACAUUAUUAAUUCUGAAAUAAAUCCAACAUCAUGUAAUGUAUCACUUCAACAACAAGAUAUGAAGUCUCAUGAUGGUUUGACUCAUUUUAAUGUUCAAAGUGCAUUAUUUUGUAUUAAAGGAAAGAUAUAUGAAGCACUAGAUAACAGAAAUUUUGCUACUGAUUGUUAUAGAGAAGCUUUGAGAAAUGAUGUACAUUGUUAUGAUGCAUUUCAAGCUCUUAUCCAGCAUCAAAUGUUGACUUCAUUUGAAGAACAAAUGUUAAUUCAGUCAUUACCAUGGAGUAAUCACCCAAAUGAUUGCAUUACAAAACCUUUGUAUGAAGUGCUGUUAAAAAAAUACCAAGAACCAAAAUUAACUGGUCCAUUUUCACAAUUUGAUAUACCUGUUGAAUUAAUAAUGGAUAAUCUGGAUAUUCAAGAGGCUGAAGCUGAACGACAUUAUUAUGCUUGUGCAUACAAAGAUUGUUUUCAAAUUACUGAAAGUGUUUUAAAACAAGAUCCAUAUCAUCCUGAAUGUUUACCAAUACACAUUGCUUGUCUAGUGGAAUUGGAAAAAUCAAAUGAUUUAUUUUAUUUAGCACACAAAUUGGUGGAUCUUCAACCAGAUCAAGCAAUUGCAUGGUUUGCUGUUGGAUGUUAUUAUUAUCUUAUAGGAAAACGAGAUCAAAGUAGAAGAUAUUUAGGAAAAGCUACUAACCUUGAUAACACAUUUGGACCAGCUUGGUUAGCUUAUGGUCAUUCAUUUGCUGUUGAAAAUGAACAUGAUCAAGCAAUGGCAGCUUAUUUCAAAGCCUCACAACUUUUAAAAGGAUGCCAUUUGCCUCUUCUGUAUAUUGGUUUGGAGUGUUCGUUAACAAACAACAUUAUUAUGGCUCAAAAGUAUUUGAAAGAAGCUUUGGAAAUUGCUCCAAACGAUCCAUUUGUGUUGCAUGAAUUAGGAGUUAUUGCUUUUCAAAGCCAUAGGUAUAAAGAAGCUGAAUUAAGAUUCCUUGAAGCACUUGAAAGAAUUAAACAAAUUAAACAACCUAUAAUAGCUAAUAAAUGGGAAUCACUUUUCAACAAUUUGGGACACGUAUAUCGAAAGAUGAAAAACUAUGAUAAAGCCCUUGAGUAUCAUAAACAGGCUUUAGUUAUAUCUCCCAUGAACACAUCUACAUUAACAUGUAUUGGAUUUGUUCAGUCACUCAAUAAUAAUUUUAGAGAUGCUGUGGAUACAUUUCAUAAGGCUUUGGGCCAAAAGCGGGAAGAUACAUUUAGUAGUACCAUGUUAACAUGCGUUUUGGAAAUAUGCAUUGAAGAUCCUCCUUUAUUUAAUGAUUAUUCAGAUGAGGCGACAGAAUCAUUAAAACUUGAACUAAGCAAAAAAUUACCGAAAACAAAUAGAUUGUUAAAAAUGAAUGAUGAUAAUGACGUCGUACUACCAUUCAGAAAUCCUAAUUUAAGACUCUGGAACAGAAGAUUAAAAAAGAAAACUGAAGAUACAAGUAGUAACGAUCCUUUAGACGAUAUCAGUAGUAACAAUCCUACAGAAGAUAUCAGUAGUAACAAAAUUACUGAAGAUACCAGUAGUAAUACUAAUAUAGGUGAUACCAGUUGUAAUACCGUAGGAGAUACUAGUAGUAGUGCAAUGGUUAUAGAUUCAAGUUCAGCUGCUGAUAAUUCUAGCAUUAAUAUGGACUUAUCAACAAAUAUGUCUGGAAAUUCAGAUAGUUCUAAGUAAUACUAAUAGGGUCAUUAAAAAAACAUUGACAUUUUUUAUAUCUUACCUAAUAAAUACUGAAUUUUAAAUUAUAGAUAUUUAUCUACCAAAUAUUUUAUAUUACAAAAAUAAAUAUAGUUAUAAUUUUGAUUACUGUUUGAUGUAUUUUGUAUUAUACAAUAAAUAUAAAUUAAUAUUUAGACCAAUAAUUAAUAUAGAAUUUAAAAUAUUAUAUAAAAGUAAUAUUAGUUUCACAAAAAA